AUGAGCAGAUUGACCGCCUUUGGCACUUGGACGAUGGCUUCACGGCGCCGAGCGCCUAUUCCUCGCAAGAGAGGUUUUGCGAGCAGCACUUCAUUAACAAUGUCGCGCGAGACUCGCGGGGCCAGAAAUUCUCGAGAAAUCACCUUCAAAAGAUUGAAGGCUUUGGAAAGACGUCUCUCGCGCGAUCCUUCGCUAAAGCAACGAUAUGUUAAAUUCAUGGAAGAUUACCUGACAUUGGGACACAUGCGCGCAGUAACGCCCUCCGCUGAUGAAAACGCGAUAGCAUUCUACUUACUCCACCACUGCGUGCUAAAGGUCACGUCAAGGUCGUCGAAGCUUCGCGUGAUGUUUGACGCCUCCUGCAAGUCCGAUACGGGGGUGUCAUUGAACAUUCUAGAAGUAGGUCCGGUAGUUCAACAGGAUCUCGCGUCAACGUUAAUGCGUUUUCGCUAUUAUCAAUACGUCAUAUCAACGGACAUCGUCAAGAUGUAUAGGCAAAUCUUUGUAGACCAAUCACAAACGAGCUUGCAAAGAAUCUUGUGGAGAGCUAAUCCUGAGGAGGGGGCCGUCACGUAUGAGUUGUUGACCGUAACCUAUGGCACGUCCGCGGCAUCAUUCCUUGCCACAAGAUGCCUUACGCAUUUGGCUGACCAGCACGGUUCCGAGUUCCCUCUCGGCUCUCUUCGUCAAGCGCGACUUUUACGUUAA